AUGUCUAAUUUGUUGGGUUUAACGUACGGCUUUGCCUUCCUAUUUUCACCUUUGAUACUAAAAGCCAGGUGCACUUCAGGUGACUGUCGCAGUUUGGAGUUCAGAAGCGGCCAUACGCUUAAAGGCAAACGCCUGAUCAAUCACAUCAUUAACGUCACUGAAGCAACGAACGAACGAUUCUGUAGGAUUCUCUGCCAUUCAGAUUACAACUGCAUCAGUUUUAAUUUUUUGACUCGAGGUGAAGCUGGGAGGCAAAGAUGUGAAUUGAAUAAUGCGUCACAUAUAGAGUACACUAGCGAUUUAAAGAGCAACCCAAGUUAUACUUAUAACGGAGCCGAGAACGCAUGUAUAAACAACAGAUGUAAAAACAAUGCGACUUGUCAAGUUGGUUUCACCGGCAGAGGAUAUCGCUGCCUGUGUAUUGCAGGUUUUAAGGGUCAGGACUGCGAAAUUAACGCAUUUACGUCGUGCAAGGAAAUUUACGACUUGAAUCUGUUUAAUGAAAACAAAGCUUAUCAAAUGAGAAUAGGAACCCAGCGUUUUCCUGUCUAUUGCCACCUCAGUAGAACUGAUCUUGGACCAUGCGGAGCUGGUGGUUGGACCCUGGUCAUGAAGAUUGACGGCAAAGAGAGGACCUUUCACUGGGGCUCCAGCCUUUGGCAGAACAAUCAAACCUUUAACCUUGCUGGAGGUGAGACAGGUUUUGACGAGGAAGAGACAAAGUUACCAACCUACUGGGGUAUGCCUUUCACCAAAAUCUGUCUCGGAAUUAAAAUUGGCCAACAGCACAAAUUCAUUCUUGUCGAGAGGGAGGCCGACUCAUUAUACUCAUUGAUUGCUGACGGAAAAUACCGACACACCUCAUUGGGUCGAGACACUUGGAAAUCGCUUAUCGGGUCGCAAGCCUCUUUACAGUUGAAAUGUAAUAAAGAGGGGUUUAAUGCAGUGGGUUCAUUGAUGAAUUCUAAAGCAAGAAUUGGUAUCGUUGCUAAUGAACAAAAUAACUGCCACAGCUGCGAUUCAAGAAUCGGUUUUGGUACUGGAGGAUCUCCUGAUGACUCUAACACCUGUGGAAACGUUGCUGUCGGCAGAUACGGCGCUGAUAACGGAGACAAGGGAGUUAAGGCUAUGGGAUACAUCUUGAUCCAAUAA